UGUCGAAAACAGACAGACAGACAGUGUCACUCAAUGGUCUCCUCAGUGCAUAUAUCCAAUCCACCCAUCUCCAUUCCCUUUUGUUUAUUUGUUGGUUGGUUCGUUGCUGACCAAAAUUCCUUGUUGCUAAUUCUUUCUGGUCGGCCAUCUGAUUUUCUAUAUGGAGCGAUGGAGACAGCUGUUUUUGCUGAUGAAAGUAUGCAGUUACUUAUUGGCAAUGCCUUGAAAGAAGUCCCCCUCAGUUCCCCCAAACUAUAUGAAAGCACUGACUCGAUAUUAAUGUUGAAGAUCCGGUUGUUGUUGCUGUUCAAGUUAGAACACGAAUCGAUAUUCCGCCACUCACACAGAAUCCAACGGCCGCCAGUCCAUGAAUUUCAACUUCUGUCAGUUCGCGAUAUUUGGCACUACCACCGUCAGCCAAUGUCCUCACACCUUCUUGGUGGUGGUUGAUUAGCUGAUGUCAGACUUGAAACCAAUCAAAUAUACUCUGCUUUAGGCCAACACUUAGAAAUGAAUAUAAUGGUCAAUAUACUGACUGACUACCUGAUUACAGGAUGAAAUGCCUGAAAUGCUCUAGUCUGAGUUGUGACCAGUGGCGUUCACCAAGUAGAGCGGGGCGUCUAGACAAAUACUCAUCGAUGAAAUUGGCUUGUAUUGGUGGGUGGCUGUAUGCAUCUUGUGAAUCAGCAGAAGCUGAAAUUCACUAGCUAGUUAUUGGAUCUUGUCCUAACGUUUGCUGAAUGGUCAGCGAGCUCACAAUGGAACUUGGGGAUCCUCGUUUCAAUCUGUGUCAGUGGAGUCAUGGGUGCUUACUGUUGUGGAGCCAGUCACAAACUAGGACAAAACAACUGUACUACCUGUGCGUAGGUGGCUCAGCGGUGGAAUGCUCGCCGAUCACGCAUGUGGUCCGGUUUUUGAUCCCUAGCAGACGCACUCCUUUACCUCACUAAGAGUGGUAAGGAGGGAAGGUUGGGUAUGAGGCUAGCAACCUUAUCCCGUAUAAAGAAA